AUGGCAAAAAUCUCUAUUGCCAUUGUUUGUGUUGCAGCUACUGCCUGGCUCAUGGCCUCUGGAGCCAUGGCCCAAGUCAGUGAGUGGGACACCGCAACUGCCGCUUACUAUGGAGACGCGACGGGAAGAGAUAGCUUGGGAGGAGCGUGCGGAUACGGCAAUCUCUUCAAGCAAGGGUAUGGCUUGGAGACGGCAGCUGUAAGCAAAGCCCUCUUCAACGAUGGUUCCACGUGUGGAGCGUGCUACGAAAUCCGGUGCUACAACGACUCACGGUGGUGCGCCCCCGGCAGCAUCACCAUCAGCGCCACCAAUUUCUGCUGGCCGCAUCCCGCCUCUUCCAACGAGUCCGCCAGCAGGUGCAACCCACCCCGCAAACACUUCGAUCUCCCCCAGCCCAUGUUCUUCAAGCUGGUGAACGACUACCGCGCCUCGAUCAUCCCGGUGCAGUUCCGGAAGGUUCCCUGCGUCAAGAAAGGUGGCAUCAUGUUUGAGAUGAUGGGCGACCCCGACUUCAUCCAAGUGUUAGUCUACAACGUGGGAGGCAGCGGAGACGUGGGGUUGGUCUGGGUGAAGGUGAACGGGGCGGAUGAGAGGUUCUGGCAAAUGGAUAGGGUGUGGGGCGGCAUUUGGAGGACCAAUCUGAGGUUGGUAGGUUAUAGUUUGUCAUUCAAGGUGUCCUCAAGUGAUUAUAAGAAGGAGGUGCAGUCAGAUAAUGUCAUUCCGGCCAACUGGACUUUUGGGCAACGCUUUGAAGGGAAGCAGUUCUAA